CUUAAAUUUUUUUCUCCCCCGGUGUUCAGCCACGGUCAAGUCCACAUCUCAAUCUCAUCCGCCGUGUUAUGCUUUGACUUUGACCGAUCGGUGGCGGCCCGUUUCUGAAUCCGACGAUGGGUCAUUGCUGUACCAAGCACGUGUCCGUAGUUAACAAUGAUGCCAACGCCGCGGGAACCCGCUCCCAGCUGCAUCCCCCGCCGACGCAUGUACCGCCGGCGUCAGCUACUCCAUCUGCUGAGUCAAACUCCUACUCCAUCAGUCCCUUCACGAGCCCGCUUCCUUCAGGAAUCCCACCGUCUCCGUCCCCCGCGAGGACUCCCGGGAGGAAGUUUAAAUGGCCGUUGCCGCCUCCGUCUCCUGCGAAGCCGAUCAUGGCGGCGAUCAUGAGGCGACGCGGCUCGUCCAAGACGGGCGCGCCGAAGGAGGGCACGAUUCCUGAGGAAGGCGAGGGAGUGGACCUGGAUAAGAAUUUCGGUUAUGGAAAGAAUUUCGGAGCUAAGUAUGAUCUGGGGAAGGAAGUGGGGCGUGGACAUUUUGGGCAUACUUGUUGGGCUAAGGGAAAGAAAGGAGACCUCAAGGGAAAGUCUGUAGCUGUCAAAAUCAUUUCCAAAGCUAAGAUGACAACAGCAAUAGGAGUUGAAGAUGUUCGUCGUGAGGUCAAGAUUUUGAAAGCCUUAUCUGCUCAUAAACACAUGAUCAAAUUUCAUGAUGCAUUUGAGGAUGCCCACAAUGUAUACAUUGUAAUGGAAUUGUGUGAAGGUGGGGAACUUCUGGACAGAAUUCUAUCAAGAGGUGGUAGAUAUGCUGAAGAGGAUGCUAAAAGUAUAGUUGUUCAAAUUUUAAGUGUAGUUGCCUUUUGUCAUCUUCAAGGUGUUGUGCACCGUGAUCUAAAGCCAGAGAAUUUUCUUUUUACCACCAGAGAUGAGGAUGCUCCAAUGAAGAUUAUUGAUUUUGGUUUAUCGGAUUUUAUAAGGCCAGAUCAUCGUCUCAAUGACAUUGUUGGCAGUGCAUACUAUGUUGCACCAGAAGUGCUCCAUAGAUCUUACAGUCUUGAAGCUGAUAUGUGGAGUAUUGGUGUCAUAACCUAUAUAUUGUUGUGUGGAAGUAGACCUUUUUGGGCCAGAACUGAAUCAGGAAUUUUCCGUUCUGUGCUCAGAGCUAAUCCAAACUUUGAUGAUUCACCUUGGCCCUCUGUGUCACCAGAAGCUAAAGAUUUUGUGAAAAGGCUUCUGAACAAGGACCACAGGAAAAGAAUGACUGCUGCUCAGGCUUUAACUCACCCAUGGUUGCUAGAUGAAAACCAUGAUGUGCCAUUGGAUAUCCUAAUCUAUAAGUUAGUCAAGUCAUACAUUCGUGCAACGGCUUUAAAACGAGCUGCUCUAAAGGCUCUUUCAAAAGCUUUACCAGAAGCUGAGCUAAUGUACCUUCAAGCACAGUUUAAACUUUUGGAACCAAAAGAUGGAUAUGUGUCUCUCAGUAAUUUUAAAGCGGCUCUGAUGAGAAAUGUAACUGAUGCCAUGAUGGAGUCAAGAGUUCUUGACAUUUUGAGUGUGAUGGAAGCGCUUACCUACAAAAAGAUGAACUUUGAAGAAUUUUGUGCUGCUGCAAUCAGUGUAUAUCAGCUUGAGGCUCUUGAAGGAUGGGAGAGUAUUGCUAGAACAGCCUUUGAGUAUUUUGAACAAGAAGGAAACCGUGUCAUCUCAUUAGAAGAAUUGGCAGUGGAAAUGAAUCUGGGACCUUCAAAUCAUUCUUUGCUCAAUGAUUGGAUACGGAAUUCAGAUGGGAAACUGAGCUUCCUCGGGUACAUGAAAUUUUUACAUGGCAUAACAAUACGGAGUUCUAAUACAAGAAAUCAGCGGUAGGCGGUAGCAUAUAAAACCAAGGACAGGGAAAGGCAACUGGUAUUUAGUAAGUUGACACCUCCAAAUUUUUUUAAAUAUUAUUUCAUUCUAAAUUAAGGGUAAAGGGAUAUAAAUUAUUGUCAGGACAAGAAAGUACUGAGAUUGGCUACGAUUUUGAUUUCAUGUCAACAUUUUUUGUAACCUUUUUAGAUGUGUAUAAGGUACCUGAUGUUAACAGCCUUUUGUGCAAGUUAAAAUUAUUAUUUUUAUUUAUUUAUUUUUUUUUUUGCAAAUUUAUUAAAAUAAUCUAUGAAUU